AUGGCAACCUUACAAUCCCAACCCCCAACCUCUGACGCGUACCUUGUGAGCUACCCAGCUCAACAUGUUGUCCUCCUCACAAUAAACCGCCCAAAAGUCAUGAACUGCAUUCACGCGCAGGGCCACUGGGAGAUGGACGCGUUCUUCCAAUGGUUCGACCAUGAGCCCAGCCUUCGCGUCGCAAUUAUUACCGGCGCGGGCCCGAAGGCCUUCUGCGCUGGUCAGGAUCUCAUCGAGCAGGGCCAGUUCAAGGUCAACCGACCACCAGCGUCAUCCAUGAAGCACCCUAGGACAGGGUUUGCGGGCCUGAGCAGGAGAAUUGGGAAGAAGCCGGUUAUUGCUGCUGUUAAUGGGUUCGCACUGGGAGGAGGGUUCGAGAUCACGCUUAACUGUGAUCUUGUUGUAGCUUCCCCAACUGCGUCGUUUGGACUACCAGAGGCGUCAGUCGGUCUGUACGCCGCUGCUGGUGGACUGCCCCGUGUCGUCCGCAACUGUGGCCUUCAAAUCGCUUCGGAGAUUGCGAUGACAGGUCGCCGGCUUACGGCUGAAGAAGCUCUGAAAUACAGUCUUAUCAACAGGGUAGCAAAAUCCCCUAGCACUCUCAUGACAGAAAGCCUGGAGCUCGCCGCGAAGAUCUCGAAUCUCUCGCCCGACGCCAUCAUCGUGACGAGAAGCGGACUGCGUGAGGCAUGGGAGACAGGCAGUGUUGAGAGAGCCACACAGAUUACGUCGGAUAGAUAUGAUUACCAGCUGGGCACUGCCCCGAAUAUGAAAAUCGGGCUGGUUGCGUUCGCGCAGAAGAAGAAGCCUGAGUGGGUGCCGAGCAAGCUGUAA